UGGAAGAAAUAAACAGGCAUUAUCGACCAGCGUCUGUAAAAAUGAAGCUGAACAUCAGAUUUACAAUGUAAACAAAACUGACCAGCAUGAAUGAAAUAGUUGAUCUAGAUUAGAAGGGAAAUGAUUGGAUGAAUACUUUUGAUUGACAGAGCCGACGAAAAUAGGUUACACCGCCUUCAAUUGAUGUAGGAACAUGGCGCCGUGCAUGGAGGUCCAGGAAAGUAUAGCUAAGAAUACACUGCUUCUCGCCGCGAUUCAUCAUUAAAACAUCCAUACAAUCGUUUUCAACGUCGUACAGAAGGGAACCUCGCAAUGUAGUGAGGAAGCGGGUGCCGGAAGAUAACCGAUCUACCUCAUGAACUGUUCGAUAUACCUCGCACAUGGCCGCAUAUUCGGAUGCGAUGGCGGGAGAACAGAUGGUUUGCCCUCUGUGUCUCAAUCAGGCAGACGAUAUUCGCAUGUUACCAUGUUUGCAUUCGUUUUGUCGAAGAUGUUUGGAAAGGGCGAUAACUCGGGACCAUUGCCCAUCUCCAACAUCUGUGGAGCCCAAAGACAUUCUGGAGUGUCCAACUUGUGGCCAAUCGGUGACCUUGAAUUCUGCAGGAGUGGACACCUUCCCUUCAAAUCAGUUUAUCUCCAACAUUUUUGAUGUCAUGGUUCCACAACAAUCGGAAUACGAAAAUGGCGAAACAGCAGAGCGCUCAAUUACAGGGCGAAGAUGGUGUAGUUCAUGUGAUGAAGGUAGCAAGGCUACAUCAGUGUGUAAAAUCUGUAAUGAGUAUUUGUGUGAUCAUUGUGUAAAAGCCCAUCAACGUGUAAGACUCACCAAAGAUCAUUAUAUAGAACGCUUUGCAUUGGAUAACAUGAGCUUGCCUUUUCAUUCGCAUCAACAUCCCCAGCUACUUUCCCCUUCCAUUCAUUCCUCUUCCAUGCAACAUCACAGCAUCGCUGAUAGGCCAAAUCAUUGCUGUAGUAAACAUGAACAAGAGGUGCUUCGUCUUUAUUGUGACACUUGUUCCCAAGCAAUUUGUCGUGAGUGCACUAUGAUGGAUCACGUUGGGCAUAGUUUCAUAUACCUCCAAGAAGCAAUAGAAAAUUCCAAAAUCGUUACAGAAAGAUUACUUACUGAUGCAAAAACGGGUAUUAAAGCUCUAGAAGAAAGUAUAGCUCUUACUCAGGGAAUGGCAGAACGGGUUGAAAUGAGAGCACAAGGGGUGGCUACUGAUGUCAGGAACAUCGUGAGAAGACACAUGUCUGCAUUAGAAGAGAGGGAGCGAGAUUUAUUGCGUCGGGUCGAAAAAAUUCGUCAGGUCAAAGGAAAAUCACUCCAUUUACAAGUGGAUGACUUGCGUCUUGGACUGAGUUCUCUGUUACAAACUGUGGACGAAGCUGAGAACUUGAUACAUACGGGUAAUGACUUAGACAUAUUAAAAACCAGAGACAAAAUGGUUGCAGAGAUGCAAAAUGUUAGAAAAUUGAGGGGACAUCUUCAGCCUCACGAAGAUGAUAGUAUCCUGUUCACCCCACCAGAUCCUGCACUAUUCAAUGCAGUCAGUAAGAUGGGAAUUAUAACCAGUAGCGCUUAUGCUCCAAACUGCUUCGCAACUGGGGAUGGACUGAAAAAAGCCUUGAAAAGUAAAGGAGCAUUUUUUGUAAUCCAUACCAAAGACCAUCAUGGAGAUCCAAAAAUUUUGGGAGGGGAUCCAGUAGAAUGUAUCAUCCAAAGUCCAGAGGGAGCACUUUAUCGAACUGAUGUUAUGGACAGGCAGAAUGGGACCUACACUGUGACAUAUCGGCCACAGCUGGAGGGGCAACAUAUUAUAUCAGUUGUCAUUAGAGGCAAACACAUCAAGGACAGUCCUUUUGUAGUCAAUGUGCGAAGUGGACGGAAUUAUAAUUCUAUAGGGAACAUGUUGCUUCAGUUUGGAUCUGAAGGAGAAGCUGAUGGAAUGCUUUGUCGGCCCUGGGGAGUAUGCUGCGACAAGGAUGGCUACAUCAUAGUGGCAGAUCGAAGUAACAAUCGCAUUCAAGUUUUUAAACCAGAUGGGCAGUUUCACCAUAAGUUUGGAUCUUCCGGCACCAGAAAUGGACAGUUUGACCGUCCGGCUGGAGUAGCGGUGGAUCUCCAGAACAGAGUAGUAGUGGCUGACAAGGAUAACCAUCGCAUUCAGAUCUUUGAUAUAGAAGGGAACUUUAUUUUGAAGUUUGGAGAAAAAGGAAAUAAAAACGGGCAAUUCAACUAUCCAUGGGAUAUCGCGGUCAGUGGAGAAGGAAAAUUGUUAGUUUCGGAUACCAGGAACCACCGUGUGCAACUUUUCACACAGGAUGGACAAUUCAUCAACAAGUAUGGCUUUGAAGGAUCCUUGUGGAAGCACUUCGACUCUCCAAGAGGGGUGUGCUUUAACAACGAGGGUCAGAUGGUUGUUACAGACUUUAAUAAUCAUAGACUUUUGGUGAUUCAUCCUGAUUUUCAGACUGCACGAUUUCUUGGAACAGAAGGGAGCUCCAACGGACAGUUUCUGCGCCCGCAAGGUGUCGCCGUUGAUCAGGAAGGAAAUAUCAUCGUGGCAGAUUCUAAGAACCAUCGUGUGCAAAUAUUCCAGCCAAACGGAAAUUUUCUUUGCAAGUUUGGAACCAAUGGAACAGGACCGGGGCAGCUUGACAGACCCUCUGGAAUUUGUGUGUCCCCAGAGGGUCUCAUCAUUGUUGUGGAUUUUGGUAAUAAUCGUGUGCAGGUCUUCUAAGAAACCCAUUUUCAUGGCUUUCUUCCUUUAAGGAAGAGCUUACGUACUUUUUGAAAUUUUCAUUUGUGAACUUGCUCAGGUCAGUCCGUUUUAUUUUGCUAUCUCAGGAUUAUCUUAAUAAUGCCAAAGGCAAAAUGUUAUUACACAUUUAAGCUCAGGGAUUGUGCUGUGUAUCUGCAUGUAGUAUUAUACUGCAAAAAUAUAACUGCUUGUAUGGAGAUUAUUUAUUAGCUUAAAUGCUUAGGUGUUCAAUUCAGCUUGUUUCUAUGUACCUGUUUGUAUAGUACUUGCAUUAUAUUAUUAUACUUGUCCUUGCAAAUUUAGCCAAUCUUUAUUACGUGUGUACAUGUUUGUGCAAAGUUUAUGCAUUUUCCCAUAGUAAACAAGGCUUGGAUGUAGUGAAAAUGGUCAGUAAAGAGAAGGAUUUUGGUUAAUUUAGAGCAAAGUUGAAAGGUCAUUUUAGGAGUUAACUUGUAGAAAAGAAGUCAUUACCCAAGGGGGGAUGCAUAUAUAUAGCUGCUGUGUUAGUUGUAUCCAGCUUUUUGUUAAAACAAAACAGAUUACCCUGCAAGUCAAGUGGUGUAGUAUUUACACACAUACUCUAUAAUGGCCCUAGAGAGAGACGAAUAUUGAUUCAUGCAAGCUGGUCAGCUGUUUAGAUGUGUUUACAGGGGUAACACCAUGGGGCUUGACCAAGGAGCACAUAACAUUGCGUAACAAGGCAGAUGUGUAAUUUUUAUCUUUAGUACUUGGCAGGAUUUAUUAGCCAGUGGUGUGUUACACACAGAACUUUUAUAUAUCCUAGUUUUAUUGCAUGUUAGUAGAUCUUUAGAACUGUUUGGCACAUUACUAAUAUUCUUGUAUAUACUGUGAGGGUUUUUUUUCUUCACAUUUUUAUUGUAGAAUGUGUGAAAGAUUGUAGGUUAGGAAGAAUCGAAACCGAAAAUAUUUGAUAGCAACCCAAAUUUGCUUUAGAUCAAAUUUUUGGAUACGGAAGUUAUCAUCAGGUCUAAAUGGUAACCAAAACACCUUUUACAUCUGUUUUUUUUUUUUUUUUUUUUUAAUAGAAAUAUGUGUAGUUGUAAAAGCAUUAGCAGAUAUUUUGAUGUUAAGUUGUGUUUGAGGAUAUACAUCAUGGAGUCCAGAAAUGUUUUGGUAUUAACUGUCCCCCUUUUCUAUUAUAUGUAUUUCAAAAAUACAUUUAAAAAGUUUUUGACCGGUGCAAGAUUCAGGUACAAAGUAUUGUGGAUCAGUUGAAACCAGUGUUGUAUACAAGCAGAUUUGUUUAUUUUCUGCUUGGAAAAAAAAUCAUGUUAACUAUUUUUUUUCCCUUAAAAAAAUUAAGAAUUAUCUGAUGUCCCUUUUCAAUAUUGUGUAUGUUGUUGGAAAAAUUGUUAAAUGGCAAAAAAGGCAAGUAAAAAACAGUGAGAAAUGCUACAACUAUGCCCACUUAAAAUUUCCCUCAUUACCUUUAAAAAAAAGCUGCUAAGUAAUUUAGAGAAAUAUUUUUUCAAAGUUUAACAAAGGUUUUUGUAUUUUGAAAAGAACUUUUUUUUUUCUGAUAAAAACUAUGUUUUACAUUUAAUGUACGAGGGAGAAAAUCCAUUAAGGUAGCUUUUGUUUUUGCAGAAAGAAAAACAGUAUGAUAUUGCAAAAUAUUAUACAUAAUCAGUUCUGGUUGUUCAAUUAGAUUAACUGAUUUGGCCUAACGGGGCGGGCGGUGGAAGAAAAUCCAGUUCAGGUGGCUUAGCACUGCAGAGAUUAUCUGUUGUAGUGCUGCACAUGAUUUCUUGUAUGCUGUACUACACAAAAUAAUUGAAUCAAAUUCACUGAGUCAGAAUGCAAGUAGAAGUUGUAGAACCAUAUCCGGUGAUUUCUAGUAUAAACCUUCCUAUGAGAAGUUUGCACUUCGUCGGCAAACUAUUAUAUAUGUGGUAAGAGUGACCAUGAUAUUAAUCUGUGAAGUGAGUUGAAAGAAAGUCGGAUACAUUGAUACCUAGGAAAAUUAAAAAAACCCAACUUUUUGCACUUGUAGUAAACCUCAAAAUCGCUCAGUUGUAACUAAUAAUUCAGUGAAAUGAAUAUAUGCAUGUACUGACAUGAAAAGAAAUGAAUGAUGUACACUUUUUAUUUGAUGUCAAUUUUUUGCAUAACUUUUUAAUGUUUAACUUACGAAUAUAACCUAAACUUUUGCCCAUAUUAUGAAUAUAAUCUUUUUUAAACAGUUCAUUGAUUUACUUGGCUUCAGGAAUUCUCUUCCAAAGGUUUUAAUCCUUAUUGUAUUUUAUGGCGAUACCUCAAAUGUGGAAAAAUGACAAUAUACUGGAAUUACACGGGAAAAUACCUCAUCUUUUUUACGACAUUUUUGAAAAGCAAUACAUGAUAAUUUUGAAGGAGAAUUUUCUCAGGCAUGUUCGGAAGGAAAGGGUCAAUACUACUACUACAUGUAAUAGAAUAUAGAAAAUGUUACCAAUUAGCUAUGGUACUUUCAUAUAACAAUGUGAAUUCGAUGUUGUUACAUUGUAUCAAAUUGCCAAUCAUGUCAUUAGCUUUUUAAUUACAUAAAAAUGCUAUCUAUGAUAGUCAACUUUCUGGAUUUUUAUAGUCCUUUUAAAACAAUGUAGAUCUAACUGGUUAUUUAAAAAAAAAAUAGUUUAGAUGCAAAAGAUUUGUCAAAUCUGUCUACAAGUUGUUCAAUUUGAAAGUCAUAUGUCAGAAUAAUAUUUUUCUGUUGUGUUAUUCUAUGUCUAUCAGUGUAAAAAAAAAACUGCUCUCUUAAGUACAUAAAUAUAGUUACAUUGUUGUGGAUCAUUGUGAUAUUUAAAUUUUUAUAUUUUAAACUUCGCUACCUCAUGCCUCUUCCAUUUAUGUCAGUAGAGCUAUGGUUUUCAACAGUUCAUUGAAAUUAGUUGCCAUUUUGUAAAAGUGGCACAGACAAUACAAUAAUUUUCUCUCUGCAAUAAAUUCUCGCCCAAUUAUCCAAUCUCUAACUUGAAUGUUGCAGUUUACCUGUGUAACCCAAACCCAAGUACCCGGUAAUAUUUCUGAAAUUUUGUCUAAAAGGUUUAAAUUUUGGCAUUAUUUUAUGCUGAAAUUGAAACUGUUAAUUUCUAGUUUUGUUUGUUUUGGCCAUAUCUAUACAAACUGUAAUAUUUAAGGCCAAUUUCUAUUAAUUGUAUUUAAUGCUUUUCUUUUAUAUUUCUAUAUUUCUUUCGGUAUUUUCAAACCAAUUUCAAACCCUACUCAAUUUUAGAGUUCAUUUUUUCAGAAAUAUCAUAUUUAAAAAAACUUAUUUUCUUUUUGCUUCACAAAGUUUUAGCUUUUGUUUGUUAUUUUUCAUGAGAAAUGGUGUAUAUGUAUAGUUGUAUUCUCAUAGUUUGCAUGUUAUUGUUAUUUAAAGAUGGUUUUAUACGGAUGGAAAAACCCUUAGAGAUAGUUUUGUAUAAGAAAAUGUUUGUUCUUUGUUGAUAAUGUGGUAUAGUUUUGAAAGUUUUUUUAUAACAGAGAGAAAAAGCAUUCAAUGUUGCUCGCAGAAACGAGACAUUUGAAUGAAAUAUGCUUUGAAUUAAGACACGGGUAAAAAGCGCAGGUCUAUUAUGUAUAGAUAUCUAUAUCCUUAAUUGUGACUAUUUUCCCUUUCUUUAUCAUUCUUUUCUUUUCCUUUUUUUAUUUCCAAGAGAAAUUUGUGACACGUUAUCUCUAAAGACAAUUUUUCUUUUUACAAAACAGCGAAGAUAAUGUGAAAUUUUUUUUUUUUAAUUGAAAAUCGUAGUUUAUAGCUUACUAUAGGCAGCCAUUAUGUGUUACAAAUUGCCACAAGUCACCGUAUACCUUUUUGUUUUAUUAUAUACAAGUAUGUUCAUAUCAUAUUCUGUUUUUAUUAGCCCACAGGUAGACAUGUUUAACAAAAAUUGUGUUUGCUAUGGUCAUAGACCCUAAUUUCCAGCAAUGUUUGAGAGGAAACAGAAAAACAAAAAGAAAAAUAUUUUUGAAUGUUUUAGUAUACAAUUGUCAAUUUUUUAAAGGUAUGUUGUGUUUUCAAAAAAUGGUGUUCAUUUAAAAAAUUUUAAAAGAACUUUUUUUUUCAAAAGACAUUUUGAUUUGCAUACAAUGCACAUUUUCCCUCUGAACUAGUGUUUGUGAUUAUUGGAAAACUUUUUAUGAUGUGCUUUUUUACGUUUCAUAAAAUGAAGUAAAUAAUUUAAAUCAGUGCUGCAAUAUAUGCUUGUAUGUAAAAUUCAACUUGUAUAUGUAGACAAGGGAAGUCUGUUGUAUUUAGAAGAUAUUCCUCGGCUUCAUUAUCUAGCCUCAAUUUCAUAUAUGUACUAAGAAGUUAAUUUUAACUCUAAAAUAAAUAACGCGCUGCUUUUUGUAGUUAUAUUACAAAUACGAGCUUUCGUGGUGCUAACGUUACGUUGAAAGAGAGGAAAAUCUUCUAAUUUACUAAGCCUUUCCUGUAGCGAGACAAAGAAUAUUUUUGUCCAACAAGCUUUUCUCUUGUGUGUUAUCUAUGUGACAUGUCACAUUAAACAAUAAAUUUUAUUCUUCUUUACCAUCAA